AUGGCAACGGUUCCUCCAUCACAGCUGGGGUUUGCACAGGACACCAAGGUGUUAUUUUCCUCAAGUGGCCUGAAAACAGAAGCAAAUGUCGAACAUGUCGAACAUAUCCACCCCAUUGAACAUGGAUCUUCUGCUAAUGAGACAACGAACACCGAAGAACAUACUGAGCUGACGAAUAUUGAAACCAUGGCAUAUGUUGUAGAGGAAGUCAACGCAGAAUUCAAACUGGUUCCUGUAAUUCUUGACGGGAUCCGGCCAGACGAGGUAUUGAUAGAAAUGAAGUACAGCGGCAUUUGUCAUACUGAUGUCGUUACUCAACGAGGGGGGCUACCUUUUGUCGAAUUUCCUGCUAUUCUAGGCCAUGAAGGUGCCGGGAUCGUCAGAGCGAUCGGUAAGGACGUCAAAAUCAAAGACCUUGCCGUGGGCGACCACGUCCUUCUUUCGUUCAAUAGUUGCGGCUCCUGCAAUACUUGUACGAGCGGCCACCCAGCCUUAUGCCCCGACUCCUCAAAGAUCAACGUCGGCUCGGUGAGAAUGAGUGACAAAAGUACACCCGCAAGGCUCGCCACCGACGGCCGGCCUGUAAGAAGCCAAUUUUUUGGUCACUCAUCCUUUUCCAAAAUGUCGGUUGUCAGUGCCAAGUCCGUUGUCCGGUGUCCUAAAACGGCGGCGGACCACAUGGAGCUCUAUGCCCCGCUCGGAUGCGGACUUCAGACUGGUGCCGGGACAGUCCUGAACAUCAUAAAGCCUGGCAAACAGGACUCCAUUGUCAUUUUCGGACUUGGUAGCGUGGGUAUUGCAGCACUGUUGGCGGCACGGUAUUUGGAGGUAGGCCAAAUUAUUGCUGUUGACAUAGUUCCAGAACGUCUGAAACUGGGAAAGGACCUAGGGGCCUCUCACGUAAUCAACUCAGUAGAGACAGCAUCUGUGGUCGAAGAAAUCCAGAAACUCACCAGCGGAGGUCCAAAGUUUGCUGUUGACUGCACCGGCAUAUUGGGUGUGAUUGAAGAUAUGAUACGAUGCGUCAGACCCCUAGGCACUGCAGUUCUAGUCGGGGUGCCACCUCCCGCAGCCGAGAUUAAGAUUGACCCUCAAGCGUUCUUGUUGGGUAACAAAAGACUGAUUGGGGUGAUUGAGGGCGACUCAUAUCCUCCUCAAUUCAUACCCCAAUUAAUCGCAAUGCACCAAGAGGGCAAGUUCCCUAUUGAAAGACUGUGCAGAACGUAUCCUGCGUCGCAACUAAACAAAGCAAUUCAAGACAUGCAAUCUGGUCAGGUGAUGCUAAGUGUGUCGCAGGUCAUCAAGCCAGUAAUCAAAUGGGACUAA